AAGAACGCGUAUGACCUAUCGCUUUUCAGGGAAGACGUUAUCUGGCCUGGGUAUCAAUAACGCCGGGAAUGGCCGAUCAGAAUCGACUUCGGAAGCAAACCCGAUGAUUCGCUAAAGAUUAUCAUCCUGGUCUGCGCUAGUAGGCAGGCCGAUAUCUACAAAGACUAUGGCAUUACCUCGCGACGAGGAGCCGCUGCUUCGAACUGUUCAUCCAGAGUCAAGUUGUCGUCAAAAUUAUUCUACUAUGACUUCAGCAGAGGAGAGCUCGGGAGCGGGAGCUGCUGUGCCUGCCAAUACUGGCGAUGAAGGGGUUGGCAACAUCGACGAAAAUGAGGCCCGUCGCAUAUUACGGCGCAUUGAUUGGCGCAUCAUGCCGCUUCUUUUCCUCAUCUACGCCCUAAACUUCAUGGACAAGACUAUCUUGUCCAGCGCAUCAGUCUUCGGUCUGAGACAGGAUACUCAUCUUGAAGGGUCGAAUUACUCUUGGGUGUCUAGCGUCUUCUACUUCGGCUACUUUCUCUGGGCUUAUCCAACCACCCUGCUGAUCGCUCGCUUGCCCGUCGCUAAAUAUCUGGCUGCUAAUACUUUUGUCUGGGGCGCGGUAGUCGCCUUGACCGCCGCUUGCACCAACUACGGCGGCCUGAUUACCGUGAGGUUCUUCCUGGGUGUCGCGGAAGCGACCGUUUCACCGGCUUUGAUGUUCAUCACAUCUACAUGGUACACACGAGACGAGAUCCCGACAAGGACCGGCAUAUGGUUUGCCGGUAACUCUGUUGGUGGCAUCGUCUCGUCACUUCUCGCCUACGGACUCGGUCAUAUCACCGACAACAUCCACCCGUGGCGCUGGAUGUUUAUCGUGCUAGGCGUCGCAACAUUCCUACUCGGAUUUGGAGUCCUUUUCCUGCUUCCUGACACGAUUUCAAAUGCCAAGUUCCUAACGCCUGAAGAACGGCAAUGGGCGGGCGACCGAGUUGUGAUAGCCGGUACGGGCCGUACGGAGAAGACUACUUGGAAGUGGGAUCAGACCGUCGAGUGUCUGCAAGAUCCCAAAACGUGGUUAAUCUGGUCUAUCGCGUUACUCUGCCAGAUCCCUAACGGCGGUACCCAGAAUUUCGCCAACUUAGUAAUCACGUCGUUUGGGUUCACGUCGCUCCAGUCGACGCUUAUCAACAUCCCCUAUUCCAUCAUAUCCGUAAUAGCAAUUUCCGGAACCGGUUGGCUAGCCGGACGCUUCCGAUCACUGAAUUGCAUUCUCAUCGGUCUCAUCGUUAUACCGCCAGUAAUUGGAUCCGCGCUGAUCGGGAAACGAAGCUCGAUUCCCCAUGGCGUUUCUCUAUUUGGGUAUUUCCUCCUAUCUACCGGACCGGCAGCCCUGCCCCUUCUCUUGUCCCUUAUCCAAUCCAAUUAUCGCGGCGUCACGAAGAAGAUGACUAUGACCGCAUUGCUCUUUAUUGCUUAUUGUACCGGAAAUAUCGUUGGUCCUCAAUUAUUCAUAUCCUCCGAGGAGCCUACCUACGACACGGCGUUCCGCGCCAUCAUGAUCUGUUACGCCUUAGUUGUCUGUCUCGCCGCGCUUCUUAGGUUUUAUUUACAGUUUGUCAAUACGCGAAGACAACGGGAGGAGGGAAUCGAAGGUAGCGCCGGGGCAUCAGGUGCCGUCGGUGGUGGUAAGGUGGUCGACGUCGUCGAUUCCCGCAACGUGACCGAGGCAGUCAACGAAGUUCAGCUCAGACCGGAGGAUUACGAGGACGUGUCGGACUGGAAGACUUUCGGUUUCCGCUACAGGCUCUAGCAUCGGUCUGGCGAGAACAAUCGGCCUAACAAGAGGAUAUCUAUUAGAUGCUAGCCGGAGAGCAGACAUGAUUCCAAGAAGCAUACCUAUUCGAUAAUCUAAGCCCACGGAAUUUCGAAUUUCAGAGCAUGCCUCGAUAAGAUGUUCUACAUCUCUACUAACUUUAUGGGGAUCAAUAAUUUGCAGCAAUUCGUCUAUCCAGAUCUACCUAGAUACCUUGACUUGGACCUUAUAGAGAAACGACUCGAGACUUUGAAGUCCAGCUACACGGCGACUGCUGCCCGAGGACCAACACCACUAAUUUCGCUACAUAGGAACCUCUACAUAAGACGAGAGCCGUGUCACUCGAAUUACGUAUCUGGUAGUCACCAUAAGCUCAUGCCUAGAAUAGGCCUCGAUCUACGAUUAAUGACCUGGCAGCAUCUUGUAUCUUCUAAGACGUUGAUUCGCGAGAGCCGCGUCGUAAUAUUGCUAAUAUUAUCAUACCAAUCACGAUUCUUCGUCCAAGCUGUGAUGGAGGCUCAACGUGAGCUUAACUCAAAUUACUCGCAUAACUAACGCUUAGAGGGGUUGGACUGCAUGUUUCUAAGGAUGAUACGGCACCGAGGCUCGAUAUGGUGACCAAUCAAGCAGCCAUUGCUGGUCCCAAGCCAACCAUCACGAACCAAAGGAACUCGGUUCCCUGGGUCCUGGAUCUAUCAAUUUACAGAGCAGCUGCGGAACUAACCCGACUCUGC